AUGGAAGCGAUUUGGCUCUACCAGUUCCGCCUGAUCGUGAUCGGAGACUCCACCGUGGGCAAAUCCUGCCUGAUCCGCCGCUUCACCGAGGGGCGCUUCGCCCAGGUCUCGGACCCCACGGUGGGCGUGGAUUUCUUCUCCCGGCUGGUGGAGAUUGAGCCGGGGAAACGGAUCAAGCUGCAGAUCUGGGACACGGCCGGGCAGGAGCGAUUCAGAUCCAUCACCAGAGCCUACUACAGAAACUCAGUAGGCGGGCUCCUCUUAUUUGACAUUACAAACCGCAGGUCCUUCCAGAACGUCCACGAGUGGCUAGAAGAGACAAAGGUGCACGUCCAGCCCUACCAGAUUGUCUUCGUUCUGGUAGGUCACAAAUGCGACCUUGACACACAGCGGCAAGUUACUAGACACGAGGCUGAGAAACUGGCCGCUGCCUAUGGCAUGAAGUACAUUGAGACAUCUGCUCGGGAUGCCAUUAACGUGGAGAAGGCCUUCACUGAUCUGACUCGAGAUAUAUACGAGCUUGUUAAAAGGGGGGAAAUUUCGAUCCAGGAGGGCUGGGAAGGGGUAAAGAGUGGGUUUGUCCCGAACGUCGUGCACUCUUCCGAAGAGGUGGUGAAAUCAGAUAGGAGAUGCUUGUGCUAA